AUGGCAAAUCAGACCCAACAGAGUGAGGCCAGAGCCUUGCUUGCACUACUGGCGAAGGACUUGGACGUCAAAUCCCUCGACCCGAAACGACUCGAAGAGACCUUGGUCCAGCUGAAAGUCUUGGGGCGCAAUGUCGAUAAUGUAGCCAGAAUCUACAACGACGAGGGUAUCAGGACGCUGGGGAGCUAUGCAUUUGGCAACUUCCCCCAUUCGGUCCGCCAGGAAGCCCUGAGAUGCAUAGCAAAUGCACUUCUCUUGAUCCCUGCCACUCGCAAGGCCUCACUCGAUCUCAAGCUCGACAAGAAAGCAACAGAUGCAUUACACGACGCAAACCACGAUGACGAAUUUCUCCUAUCGAGGAUACUGUUCCUGCUGACUUACGACCCUGACAUUGACAUGAAGUCCUUGAUAGCGGAUCACAAUCUGGCGGAUGUCAUUGUGAAGCAUCUUUCGCGUCACGCAGAUGAGGUGGAGAAGUCGUCGCCGAAGAACACGGUUAGCCAGGGCAAUAUGGCACUGAUGGAAACCCUCAAACUUCUUUUCAAUGCCACGAGUAUCAAGACCGAUGAAGGUCACAAGUUUCAACCCGCUGUCAUCCAGCUCUUCCGCCUCCUUAUUUGCUCAGAUAUCCCGUCGCCAGCACUCCAGCCGCCGAUAAGCUUGGUCAUAAACGCUUUGGCCAACCUGGACAUUGACCCCGAGAUGGCAAAGGCCAGCGAGAUGCAAGCUGCCACGGACAAGCUGAUGACGGUCCUGGAAAAGACCAUUCAACAGCACUCGUCGACAGAACUAGACACAGUUGCGAUUCCACUAUUGACCGUCCUGAGAAACAUUAACGAAGCUGCAGAUCCCCGCCUCCGUGAGAAGAUGAAGGCACGGCUCUUGCCCGACGACAUGGAAAGGGACCAACCCUUAGGAAAAUCAUCCUCAUUCGCAUCGCAGCUUCUGCGCCUGACUACGUCUUCGGGGAUGUUGAACUUGUCAGAAGCCAUCUCUGGGCUUAUGUUUGAGCUUUCCGACAAGGACGCCAAUCAAUAUGUUAAGAAUGUGGGAUACGGCUAUGCUGCAGGAUAUUUGAUGACCCACAAGAUCCCUAUCCCGGAAAGUGCGAAGAAGUCACAUAUUCCGGGCGAGUCUUCCAACGAAGUCCCCAUCAACCCCAUCACCGGACAAAGGCUCGACAAGGAGCAACCAAUUGAACUGCCUGAAAUGACACGGGAAGAAAAGGAACGGGAAGCCGAAAGAAUGUUUGUAUUGUUUGAGCGACUCAAAAACACCGGGGUGGUGAAUGUCAAGAACCCGGUGGAGGUAGCACACGAUGAAGGCAGGUUUGAGGAGCUCAGCGAUUCGGAUUCAGAGUGA